UCACCGAAGAUUUUAUCGCGACUGUGCCAUGGUCGCACUGAUUAGCUCACCGAAACGUUCAUUGAAUUUGUUUUGAUUAUCUCGAAAUAACAAGCUAUUUUCUCAAUUUUCCUGACAAAAAUGACAUCGAUUGCCAAGUCCAUAGUACUAUUGGCAUCCCUGGCCACGUUCGCUUACUCCCUGUACGUGGUUGGCAGCCUGAUGAUGUUCCUUUCGACGCCUCGUUCGAUUUCCAAGGCGCACACCUGGAUUUUCAAUUUACUGGACAACAAGUCGCGCCUGCAGACCGCCUAUGGACCCGUGGUGUUCGAUACCCUCUACCUGAUCGGAUUCAUCUUCCAGCACAGCUUCCUCAAGUCAGCCGUGGUCAAGAAGCUGUUGGCCAAGUUGGGAUUGUCGGGUGCGGAGCGCACUAUUUAUAGCCUGACGUCAUCGCUUUGUUUACAUUAUUUGAUCGUCAACUGGCUGCCCGCUCAGUCGAUUGUUCUGUGGCAAAUCGAUGUGGAGCAGAGUGCUCCGCUUUGGUGGACCUUCGUGAUCACCCAUGGCAUCUGCUGGGUUGUCAUCUUUGGCGGCAGUUUGGUGAUGGAUCUGCCAGAGCUGCUGGGCGUCAAGCAAGCCUACUACGAUCUGAAGGCCUACGGACCGCCCAUCAGCUACAAAUCCGGGGAAUUGCGCAAUCUGUACGCCCAUGUCAGACAUCCCUCGUUUGUGGGCCUGUCGGUCAUCCUGUUCGCCACGAAUGUGAUGAGCGUGGAUCGGCUAGUCAUGGCCUUGCUGCUGACCACCUACAUGUACCUGGCCUGGUCCACAGAUCAGAAGGAUGUGGCCUAUCAGAAGAUUCAACUGCAGCGCAAGAAACUCGAACUGAAGGCCAAGUAAACUUAAUCUCAAAAGUGUUCUUACUAAGAUCUAGUUGUAAGUUGACAUGAGUUUGUAUUGAAUAAUACUUUUCUAACAAUUUCAGUUUCCGAAUCAGAACGAAACAAAUAAUGAAAAAACUAAAAGAUAUAUAAAAAUAUAUAUGGUUCAGUUUUUACUAUUUU